AAAAGAUUGAGUGUGUGUGAGGAAAGAAAUCUCCAACGAGGCGUUCUGGGGCAGCUUAGACAGCAGGAUUGGAGCACCAGUCUGGACCAGGAGGACCCAGAGCCCCCCCCACACAUUAAGCAGGAACAGGAGGAACUCAGGAUCAGUCAGGAGAGAGAGCAGCUUCAGGAGCUGGAGGAGGCUGAUAUCACCAAGUCCACUUUCACUCCUGACCCUGUGAAGAGUGAAGAUGAUGAAGAGAAACCUCAGUCCUCACAGCCUCAUCAAAGACAAACUGAACACAUGAAAACAGAAGCUGAUGGAGAUGACUGUCGAGGACCAGAACCAGCCAGGAACUCAGAUCCAGAGAGCAGUUUACAACCAAAGACUGAAGACUCUUCUGAACCUGACACUGAAGACAGUGCUGAUUGGAAGGAGACCAGAGAAUCUGCUUCAGCCUCAAAAUCACUGAAAAAUAGACAAGAAUCUCUCAGUGAUUCAAGCCAGAAACCCUUUAGCUGCUCAUUUUGUUCCAAAUAUUUUGCAGUUAGUGGCAGUUUAAAAAAACACAUGAGAAUCCACACAGGAGAGAAACCAUAUAGAUGCUCAGUCUGUAAGAAAUGUUUUUCACAGAGUGGAAGUGUAAAGGAACACAUGAGAAUCCACACAGGAGAGAAACCCUUUAGCUGCUCAUUUUGUUCCAAAUAUUUUGCAGUUAGUGGCAGUUUAAAAACACACAUGAGAAUCCACACAGGAGAGAAACCAUACAGAUGCUCAGUCUGUAAGAAAGCUUUUUCACAGAGGGUAGGUUUAAAGGAACACAUAAGAAUCCACACAGGAGAGAAACCAUACAGAUGCUCAGUCUGUAAGAAAGCUUUUUCACAGAGUGGACAUUUAAUGGAACACAUGAGAAUCCACACAGGAGAGAAACCAUACAGAUGCUCAUGUAGUGGAGCCUCACUUAGAGCGUUUCCUGCAGACGUCCAGCUACUGGUGGUGGUUAAAGAAGAGGUUCUCCCUGACCAGCAGGAUUGGAGCACCAGUCUGAACCAGGAGGACCCAGAGCCCCCCCCACACAUUAAGCAGGAACAGGAGGAACUCAGGAUCAGUCAGGAGAGAGAGCAGCUUCAGGAGCUGGAGGAGGCUGAUAUCACCAAGUCCACUUUCACUCCUGACCCUGUGAAGAGUGAAGAUGAUGAAGAGAAACCUCAGUCCUCACAGCCUCAUCAAAGACAAACUGAACACAUGGAAACAGAAGCUGAUGGAGAUGACUGUCGAGGACCAGAACCAGCCAGGAACUCAGAUCCAGAGAGCAGUUUACAACCAAAGACUGAGUACGCCACUGGAGACUGUUCUGAACCUGACACUGGAGACUCUACUGAACCUGAUACUGAACACAGUGCUGAUUGGAAGGAGACCAGAGAAUCUGCUUCAGCCUCAAAAUCACUGAAAAAUAGACAAGAAUCUCUCAUUGACAUGAGAAUCCACACAGGAGAGAAACCCUUUAGCUGCUCGGUUUGUACCAAAUAUUUUGCAUUGAGUCAACAUUUAAAGACACACAUGAGAAUCCACACAGGAGAGAAACCAUACAGAUGCUCAGUCUGUAAGAAAUCUUUUUCACAGAGUGGAAGUUUAAAGGAACACAUGACAAUCCACACAGGAGAGAAACCCUUUAGCUGCUCGGUUUGUACCAAAUCUUUUGCAUGGAGUCAAAAUUUAAAGACACACAUGAGAAUCCACACAGGAGAGAAACCCUUUAGCUGCUCGGUUUGUACCAAAUCUUUUGCAGUUAGAGACAGUUUAAAAAAACACAUGAGAAUCCACACAGGAGAGAAACCAUACAGAUGCUCAGUCUGUAAGAAAGCUUUUUCACAGAAUAUACAUUUAAAGGAACACAUGAGAAUCCACACAGGAGAGAAACGAUACAGCUGCUCAGUCUGUAAGAAAGCUUUUUCACAGAGUAGAGGUUUGAAGACACACAUGAGAGUUCACACAUGAGAAAAAUCUGUCUGACUGGAUUAACAUUGUCGCACAACAUUCAUAAAAUACUUAAGUGAACUCCAUCUUUAUCAACAUAAGUGGACAAUAUGUUUAAUGUUUUUGUCAUACUGAUUUUCUGAUUCAUACAUUAACCACUGACUGUUGAUGAACCAUUUUAUUUUGCAUUGAGGGCUCCAAGUUUCCAUAUAGAGAUAUAGGAUGAUUUGAUGCAUUGUUCUUUAUUUCUAAAUGUUUGGUAUCAUUGCUAUCCUGUUAAUGAGCCCUGUUUUACAUAAAUGUACCUGUUAUCUGAUUGUUUUUGCCUCUGUAACUGUAAGGGAAGUAGGGCUGCACGAUAUAUCGUGUCGUGAGGAUAAUCACGUUAUGCGCAUGCAGGACGAUUUUUUAUUUAAUUUAAUUUAUUUUUUAGGACGUGCGAUAAUAAGUCGGCAAAU